AUAUCCAUACAAUCAUUAUAACAAACAACCUCAGAUCCAAGAAAAUUCUUGAGAUUAAACUAACAAUAAUUUGUUCUUGGUAACAUGGAAGCUGAAUCCUCCACCUUGCUUGUUCCUACGUUUUUUCUGUUGAUACUGUUUUCUUUUGUUGUGAAAUAUUACAAGUCAAAAACGAAGCCCACUCAUAAAUUACCACCUGGUCCAUGGAAAUUACCCCUCAUUGGUAACUUCCAUCAAGUUGCACAAGCGGGACCACUGCCACACCGUUCUCUCAGAGAACUAGCAAAAAAAUAUGGACCCUUCAUGCACCUCAAACUGGGUGAAAACUCCACAGUAGUUAUAUCUUCUGCUAAGCUAGCGAAGGAGGUACUCAAAACCUACGAUGGAUCUUUUCAAAAGAGGCCUCUUCUUGCUGCUGUUCCAACUCUAGUAUAUGGCCCUGCAGAUAUUGUAUUCUCUCCCUCCGGCGAUUACUGGAGAGACAUGCGCAAGAUAUGUACUCUGGAACUUUUGAGUAAGAAAAAGGUUCAGUCUCUGGCUUUUAUAAGAGAAGCAGAGAUGGAAAGAACCAUCCAGAAGAUCCGUGAAUCUGCGGGUUCACGGAUCAAUCUGUCUGACAUGAUUUUCCACUUGAUAAGUGUAACUGUCUACAGGGCUGCCUUUGGUAACUCCAACAUGGACCAUAGUGAGUUUAUCCUUCUCAUCAAAGAAGCAAUGCAAAUCUUGGGAGGGUUUCACUGGGGGGAUUUGUUUCCUUCAAUCAAACCUCUGUUUUAUUUGAGUGGAUUGAAGUCAAAGGUGGAGAAUCUGCACGAGAGACUUGAUAGAUUCAUGGAGGACAUCAUAAAGGAGCAUCAAAAGAAGCAAACAGAAGGUAGGACCGACGUUGAAGAGGAAGACCUUGUUGAUGUUCUGUUGAGAGUUCAGCAAAGUGGGAGUCUCCAGACCAACCUAACAAUCACAAACGUCAAAGCUGUCAUUGGGGACAUAUUCGCUGCUGGAAUGGAUACCUCGGCAGCAACAUUAGAAUGGGGCAUGUCAGAAAUGAUGAAAAACCCAAGAGUGAUGGCAAAGUUACAAGCUGAAUUAAGAGAAGCACUUAAAGGAAAGAAAACAAUUCAAGAAAGUGAUAUUGAAGAACUAAGUUACUUGAAGCUAGUGGUGAAGGAGACACUAAGGUUACACUGUCCAACUCCAUUGUUGAUCCCUAGAGAAUGCACUGAAGAAACCAACAUUCAUGGGUAUGAUAUACCAGUGAAGACGAGAGUGAUGGUGAACGUGUGGGCAAUUGGAAGAGAUCCCCAAUAUUGGCAUGAUGCUGAGAGUUUCAUACCUGAGAGAUUUGAAGAUAGUUCAUUGGAUUACAAAGGGAAUAACUUUGAGUAUUUACCAUUUGGGGGAGGAAGAAGAAUCUGUCCUGGUAUGAAUUUUGGUGUGGCCAGCAUUACACUUCCUUUGGCUCUCUUACUUUACCAUUUCAAUUGGCAACUCCCCGAUGGAAUGAAGCCUGAGGAUCUCGACAUGACUGAAGUCCCUGGCUUGGCAAUUGCAAGAAAACAUCCCUUGUGCGUCAUUGCCACUCCUUCUCAACCAUAACUUCUUCAUCGUCAUAUUCUCGUCUUGUUUUUUGUUCCAGUUGCCGACAUUCAUAAUUUAAUACCAUGGUGUUCUAGUUAAAUGUGUAAUUAUAAUAAUAAGAACUCAGCUAAUAUGUAUCUUUGAAGAGUCUUGUAUGAACAAUACUCUUCAACGGAAAUUAUGCAGAGAAAAUGUAAACUACACUAAGAAGGAUUGAACAAGAAUUUAUAAAUUCAAUGUGUGAUAUUAUUGCAUUCAA